AUGGAUGUUGCUCGAACUUUAGGUGAAAUCAUUGCUAGUCAUCCAGAUAAAUGCUUAGGAGUGCUCGGUUUGAGUUACCACCAUUUGCCUAAUCACCUCAAACCCUGCUUUCUUUCUAUUGGUGGUUUUCCGGAGGAUUAUCAGGUUGAGACUUGGAGAUUGAUUCGAUUAUGGAUCGCUGAAGGUUUUAUUAGGAGGCCGGGAAGUGAUAAAAGCUUAGAGGAAGUGGCAGAAGAUUAUUUGGAGGAUCUUAUCAGCAGAAACUUGAUAAUGGUUAGAAAAAAAAGAUUCAACGGUGAGAUAAAAACAUGUGGAAUGCAUGAUCUACUCCGUGAAUUCUGUUUGACUGAAGUUGAAAGAACAAAUUGUACAAAUGAAAUUCUUUCUAGCAUUCCCGAUCUAAAGAGAUUGAUCGUGCAUCAUUCAGCUUUAUCAGACAAUCACAUCAUUGAUACGUCCAACUUGACAAAACUCGAAGCAUUGAAGCUGGUUUUUUUUCCUUGGGAAGAUAUGUCAACUCUUGUCAUGUUGCCGAAUCUCGAAGAGCUGAAGCUUAAAUAUCAUGCAGCUUAUGGUCAAGUAUGGGCAUUGAGUGAUGUAGACAAAUUCGAAAGACUUAAGUUUUUGUUAUUUUGUGACCUAGAUCUUGGGCAUUGGGAAGCUAGUAGCGAUAACUUCCCAAAUCUAAGACGCCUAGUUCUGAAGAAAUGCAACUACCUUAAUGAAAUUCCAACAGAUUUUGGAGAAAUUUGUACUUUAGAGUCGAUUGAGUUAUAUCAGUGCAGCAUUGGUGUUGAGGAUUCUGCAAGAAAGAUUGAACAAGAACAAGAGGACAUGGGAAACAAUUGCCUUAAGGUCUACAUCCAUAUAUAG